GGGAAUCCCACCACUCCGGCCAGUGUGCCCCUGGGGGUCCGGAGCAGAGCAGCUUUGUCUUUGCGCUGCUGCAGCUGGGCCGGCUGAGCUGCUGCAUUCCUCCCCCAGGAAGUAUCUACCCCUUUCCCCCUUCUCCUUUUGUUUCUUUCACACUAUUUUAGUCUCUGAAGUUCCAAGUCUUACCUUUUUUUUUACUUUUUUUUUUUUUUUUUUGGUUUUUUUGGUUGUCUGCUUUACAAAGCAGCCCUCUGUCUGGGCACUGGCCUGGACUUACUACAAGUCGAGGUUAGAGACAGUUUGCUAGACUUUGGGGAAGGGUGGUAGGCGGCUGGCAGGUGCCCCUCACACUCCUCCCAAGGGGGCUGCCUGUGGCAGGUUUCUCCUGCCUUUGUGAAUGUUGCUUUCAGUGGAUCUUCAAAAGCAGCUGACAUCCCUAGAGAUUCUCCUUUCCCAGGAAAUGUUCCAGUAAACCUCUAAUGCUGUUUCUUCCUGGCUGAGCAAACUGGUUUCCAAGUACAAGAGCCAUGGCUGGUCUUCGAGGGAAUACCCCAGCCUGCCUCCUCUGGAUUCUGCUGUUAUGGAGUGGGGCCCGAGGCUGCCAGGCACAGAGAGCAGGUUGCAAAACCGUCCACUACGAUCUGGUCUUCCUUUUGGACACCUCCUCCAGUGUGGGCAAGGAGGAUUUCGAGAAAGUCCGGCAGUGGGUGGCCAAUCUGGUGGACACCUUCGAGGUGGGUCCCGACCGGACCCGCGUGGGCGUGGUGCGCUACAGCGAUCGGCCCACCCCGGCUUUCCAGCUGGGCCACUUCGGCUCCCGGGAGGAGGUCAAGGCAGCGGCCCGGAGCCUGGCCUACCACGGCGGCAACACCAACACCGGCGACGCGCUGCGCUACAUCACCGCGCACAGCUUCUCCCUGCAGGAGGGGGGCCGCCCCGGGGACCGAGCUUUCAAGCAGGUGGCCAUCCUCCUGACCGACGGCCGCAGCCAGGACCUGGUGCUGGGUGCUGCGAGCGCAGCCCACCGGGCCGGCAUCCGCAUCUUUGCCGUGGGUGUCGGCGAGGCUCUAAAGGAGGAGCUGGAGGAGAUCGCCUCCCAGCCCAAGUCGGCCCACGUCUUCCAUGUGUCUGACUUCAAUGCCAUCGACAAGAUCCGGGGCAAGCUGCGGCGCCGGCUGUGCGAAAAUGUGCUGUGUCCAAGUGUCCGUGUGGAAGGCGAUCGCUUUAAGCACACCAACGGGGAAACAAAGGAAAUCACAGGUUUUGACCUGAUGGAUUUGUUCAGCAUAAAGGAGAUCUUAGGGAAGAGAGAGAAUGGAGCCCAGAGCGCCUAUGUCCGGAUGGGAUCUUUUCCUGUGGUGCAAAGGACUGAGGAUGUGUUCCCACAAGGAUUGCCUGAUGAAUACGCCUUUGUCACAACCUUCCGGUUCAGGAAAAUGUCCCGUAAAGAAGAUUGGUACAUCUGGCAGGUCAUCGACCAAUAUGGCAUCCCACAGGUCUCCAUCCGGCUGGAUGGUGAGAAUAAGGCAGUUGAAUACAACGCUGUUGGUACUAUGACGGAUGCUGUCAGGGUGGUCUUCCGAGGUCCUCAGGUCAACAGUCUCUUUGACCGGGACUGGCACAAGAUUGCCUUGAGCAUUCAAGCCCAGAAUGUCUCUCUCUACAUUGACUGUGUGCUGGUGCAGACGCUGCCCAUUGAGGAGAGGGAGAACAUCGACAUCCAGGGCAAGACCGUGAUUGGCAAGCGUCUCUAUGACAGUGUGCCUAUUGACUUUGACUUACAGAGGAUUGUGGUAUACUGCGACUCCAGGCAUGCAGAGCUAGAGACUUGUUGUGAUAUCCCCUCUGGUCCGUGCCAGGUAACAGUGGUGACAGAGCCCCCACCUCAGCCAGAACUGCCUCCCACCUCAGGCAGUGAACAGAUCGGGUUUCUGAAGACUAUCAACUGCUCCUGCCUCCCUGGAGAAAAGGGUGACAAGGGUUUGGAUGGUCCUGUGGGACUCCCCGGUCCAAAGGGGGACAUGGGAGCCACUGGGCCUGUUGGAAUUCCUGGAUCCAAGGGAGAAAAAGGAGACAUGGGCAGAGGACCUUUUAUCCAAGGAGAAAAAGGAGAAAAGGGUUCGCUGGGUCUACCUGGUCCUCCUGGAAGAGAAGGUAGCAAGGGCAUUCGGGGGGAACCAGGAGAACCUGGGCUGCCUGGUGAGGUGGGCAUGCGGGGAUACCAAGGACCACCUGGACUUCCUGGACCUCCUGGACAUGAGGGAAUUCCUGGUCUCCAGGGAGAACGGGGUGAAAAAGGAGGCAGAGGAGAAAAGGGAGAACGAGGCCUGGAUGGAUUCCCUGGAAAACCUGGGGAGGCAGGAGAACAGGGAAGACCUGGACCACCGGGUAUUCCUGGACCCCAAGGAGAGAAGGGUGUUGUUGGGCCUGUUGGACCUCCUGGCAUUCCUGGCUCUGUGGUGCAGAAAGAAGGCCUGAAGGGUGAACAGGGUGCUCCCGGGCCUCGAGGGCACCAGGGCCCACCUGGACCUCCAGGAGCUCCAGGUCUUCUGGGUCUAGAAGGCAAAGAAGGACCCCCUGGAUUACAAGGUCCUCGUGGGAAGAAAGGUGAAGUAGGCACACCUGGGAUCCCUGGGUCAUUGGGACCACAGGGAGAGCCUGGAGAAAGAGGGGAAGAUGGUCUCCCUGGAAAACCAGGUCUUCAGGGUGAAGUUGGGGAGCAGGGCCUGGCAGGUCGACCUGGAGAGAAGGGAGCAGCGGGUCUCCCUGGUGCUCCAGGAUUCCCAGGCCUGAGGGGGCUGAAAGGAGAGCAGGGUGAGAAAGGUGAGCUGGGACUUCCGGGACUGAAAGGUGACCAAGGUGAAAAGGGAGAAGCUGGUCCAGCAGGCCCCCCUGGAUUGCCUGGAACUAUACCCCUGUUCACACCCCAACCAAGAAUACCAGGAGAACAAGGGCAAAAAGGAGAGAAGGGUGAUCGAGGGUCGCCUGGUGAGCCAGGAUCUCAGGGACAUCCCGGAGAACUGGGACCUCGCGGACCUGCUGGACCACCAGGUGCUAAGGGACAAGAUGGUCUUCAUGGGACACCUGGAGUGGCUGGAAACCCUGGCCCAGCUGGACUUGUUGGUGCUCCUGGUCCCAGUGGCUCUCCAGGAAGCAUGGGUCCCCCUGGCAUCAGAGGCCCUCCUGGGAAAGAUGGGGAACGUGGAGAGAAGGGAACAGCUGGUGAGGAAGGACGCCCAGGGCCAGCGGGCCCCAGAGGAAAUCCUGGUUCUCCCGGGCUCCCAGGCCCUCCUGGGAAGGGGAAAGAUGGAGAGCCGGGACUUCGUGGACCACCUGGGUUACCUGGGCCUUUAGGAACAAAGGGGGACCGUGGGGCACCUGGGAUUCCUGGCUCCCCUGGAAACCGUGGUGAUCCAGGCAUUGGGGUUGCUGGUCCUCCCGGCCCUUCUGGACCACCAGGAGACAAGGGGACCGCGGGAUCCAGAGGCUUACCUGGAUUUCCUGGCCCCCAAGGACCUGCUGGCCAUGACGGCGUACCAGGAAAUCCAGGAGAAAGAGGACCUCCUGGAAAGCCAGGAACCUCUCCACUACUAUCCCCAGGGGACAUAAGUCUCUUGAUUAAGGACGUGUGCAAUGACUGCCCUCCUGGCCCCCCAGGCCUCCCGGGUCUUCCAGGUUUCAAAGGGGACAAAGGUCUUCAGGGAAAGCCAGGAAGAGAAGGCACGGAAGGGAAAAAGGGAGAUGCUGGGCCUAGAGGUCUCCCUGGACCUCCAGGAACAGCUGGACCACAGGGUGUUAAAGGAGAGCAUGGUGCAGACGGUGAGGCUGGCCAGAAAGGAGACCAGGGUCAUCCUGGAGUUCCAGGUUUCAUGGGGCCUCCAGGGAACCCUGGGCCACCAGGAGUGGAUGGAAUUGCAGGAGCUGCUGGACCUCCAGGAAUCCAAGGACCACCUGGGAAGGAAGGUCCUCCUGGCCCCCAAGGCCCAUCUGGAUUACCCGGAAUCCCUGGAGAAGAAGGCAAAGAGGGCAGAGAUGGAAAACCAGGUCCUCCUGGAGAACCGGGCAAAGCUGGAGAGCCAGGUCUGCCAGGACCAGAGGGUGCCCGAGGUCCUCCAGGCUUUAAGGGACAUACAGGAGACUUAGGUGCACCUGGACCCCGGGGAGAACCUGGUGCCAUAGGACCCCCUGGCCAAGAAGGGGCCCCAGGAAAAGAUGGUGACACUGGACCCAUAGGACCACAGGGUCCCCGAGGACUGAGGGGCCCCGCGGGUAAAAAUGGAUCACCUGGAUCUCCAGGGGACUCUGGACCUCCAGGAAACCCAGGUCCUAAGGGAAGCAGAGGAGAAAAUGGCAGCCCAGGACUUCCUGGAUUUCUGGGUCCCCGUGGGCCUCCGGGAGAAGUGGGUGAGAAAGGAGUCCCAGGCAAGGAGGGUACCCCUGGGAAGCCUGGAGAGCCAGGACUCCAAGGAGAAAGGGGAGAUCCUGGGAUCAAAGGUGACAAAGGACCUCCUGGUGGGAAGGGGCAACCUGGAGACCCUGGAAUCCCAGGCCACAAAGGCCACACAGGUCUGAUGGGCCCCCAAGGACCACCUGGAGAGAAUGGGCCUGUGGGUCCCCCAGGACCUCCAGGCCAACCAGGAUUUCCAGGACUGAGGGGAGAAUCUCCUUCUAUGGAAACCUUGAGGAGGCUCAUCCAAGAAGAACUUGGCAAACAGCUGGAAGCAAAACUUGCCUACCUCCUGGCCCAGAUGCCCCCAGCACACAUAAAGGCUUCGCAAGGCAGACCCGGGCCUCCAGGGCCCCCUGGAAAAGAUGGCCACCCAGGCCGGUCAGGGCCCAUUGGAGAACCAGGAAGACCUGGGCAGGGGGGGAUGGAAGGACCUUCUGGACCAAUAGGUCCCAAAGGUGAUCGAGGAGCCAAAGGGGACCCAGGCGUGCCUGGAGUUGGCCUCCGAGGCGAGAUGGGCCCUCCUGGAAUCCCAGGUCAACCCGGGGAACCUGGUUAUGCUAAAGAUGGACUUCCUGGGGCUCCUGGGCCUCAAGGGGAGACAGGACCAGCUGGACAUCCUGGACCUCCAGGCCCACCUGGUCCCCCUGGUCAGUGUGACCCCUCUCAGUGUGCUUAUUUCGCCAGCCUUGCUGCCCGCCCAGGUAAUGUGAAAGGCCCUUAGAAGACUCCAGGAAGUCAGGAGACUGCAGUGGAUGUCCGAAACUUGAACUCAGAGCUUGACGAGAAGCCAGAGGUCUUGAAACAUUUCUGGCAUGUGUCUUUUACUCUCUUCUUUAUUUUUUCGAGAGACCUCGACUUUGUUGAAGCCAACAGAUGCUGCCGGUCGGUCAGAGUAUUAUUAAUAUAAUUAUUAUUGUUAACUAUUAUUAUUGUUAUAUCAUUUCAUGAUGCUUUGCAAGAUUUCCCCCCCCUCUCUGCUAUGUUGGAAAAACUGGUUAUGUGUGGCACUGUAUGUUCUCAUGGCAUGUGACAGCCCUCACGGAAGUGUGUAGCCAUGUUGAGGGAUACUCUUGGUGCUAUGAAACCCUGCCCAGGCACUUAGCAAAUUUACUUCCUUCCUCACAAGGAAACUUAAGGAAAAAAGACAAUGAGCUGCGAUUCUCAGUUCUGUGUAGAGGUUAUCCGUGGAGAAAUUAUCUACACGUUUCCACUUCCUGGGAGAAAAGAGAAAUGGAGCAGGGCUGGAAAGAACUUUCAAGCAUAUAGACUAUAUUCACUUCCUGUUAGAAAGUGCACACAGAGCCUGACAUCAGUCCUCAGGGAGUGAACAUGGCCACCUCACUGUUGGAAGUUUGCAGAAGGGAAAUAAAGCCCACAUGAGUUGGCAAGAGUUUUAGAGAGUCCUGUAUCUGGGCCAAAGCUGGAGUGGGGGUGUUGGCUUGGAGAAAGCAGCCCCUAAGUGUUAAUUAGUGCCUCACUUUUGGUUUCACUUUCAUUGUAAAGGAAAGGCUCCUGGCUUUGCCUAACCCUGAGAAAUGUGCAGAGAGAUUGGCCAGCACGGAACUCAGGUCUCCAGGGUCUCAUCUCUGAAAUGGCAUUGUGUGUACAUGCAUUUGUGGAAGCUGGUACAAACAGGUGCUCAAUAAAUGUGAGUUUUCUUC